CGCGUACAUUGACCCCGCCUUUGGCGGCCCGCUCAUCGGUCCUGCAGAUAGACAGCUCAAUCGUGCUCGUCAGAUGUGCCGCGUGGGAGCGCGGGAGUACGGCCUAGGUAGUACGGCUAUGCACAUCCUAGACAGGCUUCCGUCUGAGCCUCUACGUCGGCCGUCGACCCUCCCUCUCCUCUGCUCCCCGCUCUUCUCUCUUUGUGAGCUUGAGGCUCCUUCCGCUGGCUGGCUUAUCGGUUACAUUAUUGGGCUGGUCUCUCUUCGUUUGUAUCUUCCGCAGUGGGGUGCACUUGUCGACACCGGUUCUACGUACAGCUACAGACUUGGGGGAUCCGAGUGUGCUCGUAUAUCACAUUCCCCCGGAUCUGCGACUAGACACCGCGUGCAGCCGUUGAGGCCUCACUUCAUCCAGGUCCGGACAGAGACGGCGAUUGUUUUGUUGGGGCAUCUGCUUCUACGUGACGUUAGGAGGGACAGGCAGGGGUUGUUUUUCAAUCCUUCAUGUCCACCUCCGUUACCAUAGAACAGCUGAAGCCGGUCUUGGAGCAUGCGGAGGGCGCGUUCCUCAUAUCCGUCGCUGCUACAGCUAUCAUCGUAUAUGACUAUGCCCUCACCAUCGACCUGGAGGUGCAGCAAAUUUGGAAACGUGAUAUCUCUGGGACCACCGUCCUGUUCAUCCUCACGAGAUAUAUCACCCUCCUUCAGCGCAUAUUCGUUCUCAUUUCCCUCUCUCCGCUGCAUUCGCUCGACGCGUGUAAUAUCGUGUCCUGGUUUCAAGUCAUCACUACAUCAAUACUCGCAGUCGUAAUGUCUUCUAUCGCGGCGGUCCGCGUAUUUGCCCUGUGGAAUCGCGACUACCGGUUAUUCGCAGCUAUCAUGCUCGCAGGAUUGCUCCCUGCGCUAGCGAACAUCUACUUCCGAAGCGCCUCGACGGUUUUCCUUGUCCCAUCGAACCUAUUCACUUGCCAGUCCGUGCCCACGGCCAUGUCGGCGCUCACGUACAAAAGACUCUCCGUGGCGACGCGUGUCAUCUCCAUCUUCUCGGACGGGCUCGUUGUCGUACUCACCUGGAUGAAGACCUAUCGAACACACGUCCUCACGAGGGGAGUCGAUUUCCGCACGAACUACUCCACGCUCAUCCUCAGGGACGGCACACUCUACUUCCUGGCGGUAUGUUUCCUGAACGUCAUCGCCAUCGUCUACGUCAUGAACAUCGGGUCGAACCUCUUGAACGACAUGAUCGUAGCGCUAGGCUCCCUCCUCAUGUCGCGCUUCCUCCUCAACCUCCGCGACCAGCGCGCCCGCAACGAGACGCAGACCUUCACCACAUCGAUGGCCUUCACGUCCCGCCCCCUGUCCACGAUCAAGCUCGGCUCGGGCUGGCGCGCCUCGCACUCGAUGGCCGGGUCCAUGUUGUGCGACGACGCCGAUGGCGACAUGGAUGAGGAUGAGGACGAGGACGCAAAGGACCCAGACCUGUGGCGCUGUGACACGAACGCGUCGGUGGGCACGGAGGCGACGUGCGUCGGGUCUGUGGGGCACAUGUCGAAGGAGCACGAUGGUGCGCUGGUCCGGGGGGGAAAGGAGGCGGCGUGGGUCGAGGUUUUAUAGUGUGGGCUGGGGCCGCCACUGAUGGAGGCGAGUGUACGAGUAUAAUAUACCCUGCGUUGUAAGAUACGGGCUUCGGCGAGACGGGCUUAGUAGAAGCGUCAUUAAGGGCGCUUCGAAAUCACACAGCUCGUUGAACUGUCGUCUUGGGGCAAGUGGCAUAGGGUUUGAGGGUUAUGAGCAGAGAGGGCCCUGACCCUUAUGAGUGUGUCCUUGUUCGCUGCCUCAAAGGGGUGAUCUAGCAAGGCGAGUGACAUCGCGCUCGAGUUGGUUUGAAGCACUACAAUGCCUCCAAGUUUCCUGUCACGAGAGUGUGUAAACAAUCGGAGCACCGUUACGGGUAUGCAUCUCCUGUCUUUAAACCUGUCUCGUCUCUAGGUCUCGUGUCUCGACCAAAAUAUCACGGUCUGUUGCACUAUUGACUUUGUU